AUGGCCGAAUUGGUUAUCUUCAACAUUGCUGGGAGUAUCGGUAAGAGUCUGGGCUUUCUUGCUCUCCAAGAGAUUGGACUUCUUUGGAGUUUCAAAGAUGAGCUUCGAAAGCUUGGGAACACAGUUUCCACCAUUCAAGCUGUGCUUUCUGAUGCCGAGGAGAAGCAGGCCCAGAACCGUGCGGUCAGAGAUUGGCUUGAAAAGCUGAAGGAUGCCAUGUAUGAAGCCGACGACUUGCUGGAUGAUUACUCCACCAAACUUCUACGAAGACAAGUGAUGACACAGGAUAAGAAGGCAAAACAGGUACGCAUCUUCUUUUCCAAAUCAAACCAACUUGGAUAUGGCCUUCAAAUGAGUCAUAGGAUUAAGGCAAUUAGGAAGAGACUGCAUGAAAUUGCGGCUGAUAGGUGGACAUUUGGCCUAGUUGAGCGUCCUAUAGCGACGCAGCCGCCUGAGCAUAGGAAAAGAGAAGACACGCACUCUUUUGUGCUUAAUGAAGAUGUCAUUGGAAGAAAUGAUGAAAAGAAGGAUGUUAAAGAGCUGUUACUGGAUUCCAACAUGGAAGAGAAUGUUUCCAUCAUUCCUAUAGUUGGGAUUGGUGGACUAGGCAAGACCACGCUUGCUAAAUAUGUGUUCAAUGAUGAGCACGUCCAAAGACAUUUUGAUCUAAAAGUGUGGGUGUGUGUCUCUGAUCCUUUUGACGUGAAAACUAUUGUUCAAAAGCUCAUAGAAUCAACAACUAAGAAGAUACCUGAAAGCUUUGAGAUGGAUGCAUUGCAAAGUGAGCUUCGAGUAAUAAUUGGUGGAAAGAGAUUUUUACUCAUUUUAGAUGAUGUUUGGAAUGAGAAUCGUGACAAAUGGUUGAACCUGAAAACACUGCUAGUGGGUGGCCUAAGGGGAAGCAAAGUGUUGAUUACUACACGUAGCAUGAAAGUUGCAAAAAUUACAGUAUUUCCAAAAGAUUAUGAAAUUCAAGUGCAAGAGUUGAUUAAGCUAUGGAUAAGUCAAGGCUUUGUUCAUUCUUCAGAUAGAAAUAGAUGUCUUGAAGAUGUGGGUCAUGAGUAUUUUAUGGAUUUGCUUUGGGGGUCAUUUUUCCAAGAACCACAUAGAAAUGCAUAUGGUGAUAUAAAAUCAUGCAAAAUGCAUGACCUUAUUCAUGAUUUUGCACAAUCUGUGGCAGAGAACGAGUGCAUAAUUUUAAAUCCAAAUGCAGAAGAAAUAGUUGAAAAAACUCGCUAUGUGGCAUUUGAUCGUGUAUAUUCAUUCAGUGAUAUUCAAGCUCCCUUGCUCAAGGCAAACAAAAUGAGAACGCUUCUUCUACAACUUCCAAUAGUGAAUAGAGAUUUUGAAGUACUUGCUGGGUGGAAUAAAUCAAUCAUUGAUACACUUGUUUCAAGUUUUAAAUGCUUGCGUGCCUUGAAUUUGAGUUGCUCAAAUAUUCAAGAAGUGCCAAAUUCCAUUGGCAAGUUAAAGCAUCUAAGAUUUCUUGAUCUUUCUUGGAAUGGAGGUAUCAAACUACUCCCCACUUCUAUAACCAAAUUGCAAAAUUUGCAAACACUAAAUCUUGAUUAUUGUAGUGGGCUUACAGAAUUGCCAGAAGAUAUGUCAAACUUGAUCAGCCUUAGGCAUCUUGAAAUUUAUGGGUGUAGCUUGUCUCAUAUGCCGCAUGGGCUGAAAAAGUUGACCGCUCUCCAGACAUUGUCGCACUACAUUUUAGGGAAGAAAGAAAGUCAUGUCUUCAAGCCAAAGGGUGGGCUAAGCGAAUUGUAUGGUUUAAAUGAAUUGAGAAGAAGCUUAUGUAUAAAGGGUUUAGAGCACUUGAGAUCUUAUCCAGUAGAGGCCAAGGCUACAAACUUGGAGAGGAAACGAUACCUUCAACAUUUGGGAUUACGGUGGGAUCCAGAAGCUGAUGAUGAUAUUGAUAAGGCAAUUGCAAAUGAUGAACAGCUGUUGCAAAACUUUCGGCCACACCUGAAUUUGAAAAGCAUAUUAAUAGAUGGGUACGCUGGUGUGGAGUUGUCUAGCUGGGUGUCUUCACUCUCGAAUUUGGUUUUUCUUAGCAUAUGGAGUUGUAGAUGGUGCCAGCAUAUCCCACCGUUAAACCAAUUCCCUUUUCUCAAGUAUCUUCAUCUUUCUAAAUUAAGUGCGUUGGAAUAUAUUGGCAAUGAUGAUAGUGAUGUGUCAUCUUCUUCACUUCAAAGUAUCCGUCUUCAAAAUUUGCCUAAGUUGAAGGGAUGGUGGAGGAUGAUAGAAACAGUAACAGCAGAGUAUGAGCCACAUCAUCAUUUUCCAUUAUUCCCAUCAUUUCCUUGCCUCACUUAUUUAAAUAUAAAAAACUGCUCUACGAUGUCUCUAAUACCAGUCAUAUCACCAUCCUCUUCCUCUCCAUUUUCUGAUUUUUCCAAUUUGAAGUCUCUUUUUCUUAAUGGAUUAGAGGAACUUGAAUAUCUUCCAGAAGAGUGGCUGCAAAACCUCACUUCACUUGAGACUGUUGAUUGGGGAGUGUGCAAUGAGGAUGAAGAGGGCAUACAAUGCUUUGGACCUACAAGACUUCGUCAUCUAUAUAUAAACAAUGUUGCAAACUUGGUGUCUCUCCCAAGGGAGCUUAGACAUGCUACCACUUUGCAAUGGCUUGACAUUGGGGACUGCCCUAUACUGAUGUCUUUACCAGAAUGGAUAGGUGACUUCACUUCGCUUCAGACGCUUCAGAUCCUCAAUUGUCCAAAUUUAAUAUCAAUGCCCGAAGGGAUGCUUCGCCUCACCUCUCUACGUUAUUUGACAAUUGUGAGAUGUCCUCACUUAGAGGAAAGAUGUCAAGAAGGAAUAGGUGAGGAUUGGCAAAAAAUCGCUCACAUCCCAAACUUUCCGAUUGAGCCGUUGUACUACAAAUGGGAAUCGGAUUAA